CGCCGCUGCUGUCUGUGAUUUGCGCCGCGCCUCAGCUGAGGAGCGGGCGAUGGGUGGGAGGGGGAGAGAGAGAGGGUGAACUUGAACCCCGCGGCCAGCCGGGGUUCGGCGAGCGCUGAGCGAGCGGCGGAGGACGCGGACCUAACUGCUUGCAGGCGUUGUGGACAAAAGACCGGACGCCUGGGUUUUUUUGGGGUGGGGGGCGGUGUUGGAAAGGAGGGACCAGAGGGGCGGGGCUGAGCGCGCACGCGCGCGCGCGCGAGGAUGUGAAGAUGGCGGAGCUGCAGAUGCUGCUGGAGGAGGAGAUCCCGGGAGGGCGCCGGGCCCUCUUCGACAGCUACACCAACCUCGAACGGGUGGCCGAAUACUGCGAAACCAACUACAUCCAGUCACCAGAUAAACAACGGGCUCUAGAAGAAACCAAAGCAUAUACAACUCAGUCCUUAGCUAGUGUAGCCUAUCUGAUCAACACUUUGGCAAAUAAUGUUCUGCAAAUGCUGGAUAUCCAGGCAUCCCAGCUUAGGCGAAUGGAAUCAUCAAUCAACCACAUUUCCCAAACAGUUGAUAUACACAAGGAAAAAGUGGCUAGAAGGGAAAUUGGCAUCUUGACUACAAACAAAAAUACUUCAAGAACUCACAAAAUCAUUGCACCAGCCAACUUGGAGCGACCUGUUCGUUAUAUCAGGAAACCUAUUGAUUAUACAAUUCUUGAUGAUAUUGGACAUGGGGUAAAGUGGUUGCUUAGAUUUAAGGUUAGCACGCAGAAUAUGAAAAUGGGUGGUCUGCCUCGUACCACACCACCCACCCAGAAACCACCCAGUCCGCCAAUGUCAGGGAAAGGAACUAUUGGGCGUCACUCUCCCUAUCGCACACUGGAGCCAGUGCGUCCUCCAGUGGUACCAAAUGACUAUGUACCUAGCCCUACCCGUAAUAUCGCUCCCUCGCAGCAGAGCCCUGUUAGAACAGCUUCUGUGAAUCAGAGGAAUCGCACUUACAGCAGCAGCGGAAGCAGUGGAGGGAGCCAUCCAAGCAGUAGGAGCAGCAGUCGAGAGAACAGUGGGAGUGGAAGUGUCGGCGUCCCUAUUGCUGUCCCUACUCCAUCCCCUCCCAGUGUGUAUCCAGGCAACGAACAUGUCCAACACACCUUUCUCCUAUUUCCCCACCACAACAGCCCUAUGGCCCCUGCCAGUUCUGCUGGCACUUCUCCUCUUCCUGCUACUUCUGCCUCUGCUUCCGCCCCUCUCACUCCUGCUACUGCCCCAUCCUCUGCUACCCCAGAUGUUGCUGCUGCUGCAGGGGGUCAGCCCCUUGCUGAUGGCUUCACUUCUCCAACUCCCCCUGCUGCCUCUUCCAAUCCCUCUUCAGGUCAUCCUGUUCAGUUCUACAGCAUGAACAGACCUGCUACUCGGCACACACCUCCAACAAUAGGGGGUUCUUUGCCAUAUAGGCGCCCUCCAUCCAUCACUUCACAGAACAGCCUUCAAAACCAGGUCAACGGAGGACCAUUUUAUAGCCAGAAUCCAGUGUCUCUUGCACCACCUCCUCCCUCCAUCCUACAGGUAACUCCUCAGUUACCAUUAAUGGGAUUUGUGGCCAGAGUUCAGGAAAACAUUUCAGACACACCUCCCCCUCCACCCCCUGUAGACGAAGCUGUUUUUGAUGAAUCUCCACCGCCACCCCCUCCUCCAGAGGAUUAUGAAGAAGAAGAAGCAGCUGUGGUGGAAUACAGUGAUCCUUAUGCUGAAGAGGAUCCACCAUGGGCACCAAGAACCUAUUUGGAGAAAGUUGUGGCAAUUUAUGAUUACACUAAAGACAAGGAAGAUGAACUUUCCUUUCAGGAAGGUGCCAUCAUCUACGUCAUCAAGAAAAAUGAUGAUGGGUGGUAUGAAGGUGUGAUGAAUGGAGUAACUGGACUCUUCCCCGGAAACUAUGUAGAGUCCAUCAUGCACUACUCAGAAUGAAGACCACUAUGGCGAGAGACAGAACCAAGAGAUUGUUGAGCUGCCCAGGUCCCAUUGGCAGCUUGGGGGAAACCUGGGCACCUGAAGGAAGGAAGGAUCAUUGUAACAAAACCACUCCCCUUUCUUCCUUUUUAUAAAAUGGUGAUUUGAAUUGUUUUGAAGAAUGGCUCUUCCAUUUGCCAGCAGCGACCAAGCUGAAUGACCAAUAUUAAUGAGCUGACUGAUCAACAUGUAGAUACAGAGAUGUAAUGAACUUGCCAGUAAAGGGAUCCAUUGCUCAAAUUGAGACCCAUUCAAUCAAAAUAUGGGAUUUUUUUUCCUCAGGAAUACCAUGCCUGGUAUUGGGGCAUCUUGGAUGUUAGUGCUGAAGGCUUUGUUAGGCUAUCUGCCAUCUUUUUCCCCCUCCUUAUUCUGCACAUAUUACUGUUGGAUGUGUGUUAUUGUACUGGCAAACAUUCUGAGAUUACACACCAACUGGGUCUCAGAUUGGUUCCUUGCAUCUCUAAUACAGCAAUUCUGCAAUUGUUUCACACAUAUAGCUUGAUCUAGGCUUGUAAGGAGCUGUUUCAUUUCUUCUUACAGGAGGACAUAACAUCAGAGAUAAUCUCCCAAUAUAUUGAGACUUCCAAGUCAUAAACUGAGCUUCUUUUGUAUCAUUCAAUUAUUUUUAAGAAGUUGGACUAAAGAUCAUGAAGGACGAUAAAGUUUGACAUUUUAAAAAUGGCCUCUGUCCUUCAUAUAAUUAUAUAAUAAGCAGCCUUAUUCAGCCCUCAGUAUGCAAAAUAUUUGUGAAAUAGUUUAAACCUGCCCUCCUGAUAGUGUUCAAAAACUGCUUUAGCCCUGAUUGUUGUUACAAAGGCUGACAGCAAUGUUCUAAAAUUACCUCAUGUUUCAUAAUUUGGGAGUUGGAAAGGGACAGAAGUAUUUUAUAGAGAAAGGCUUUUGUCUGAUUAGCCUGCUUCAGUUGACUAUAGCUUGUCCAACUCAGAAUAAGUAUGUACUAAUGAAAUUGGCCAUUUGUUCUAUUUCAGAUUUUGAUACAAAGCAUAAAGGACCUUUGAAGGCAGACAAAUAUUGCUCAAAGAUUUCCAAAUGCUGUUGGUUUUCUUUGAACCCUAAUUUAGAAACUGGCAAAAGUGUAACUGCUUUUUCUCCCACCAGUAAAUAUGUGGGUGAUUUUCCAACAAGGGAAUGAAAAUCUGCUAUAAUGUCUGUAGGCAUAUACAGAAUGUGUUUAUUUUUGUUAUCCAGCAAUCAUGGAGCUAUCAGAUUCAGGCAUGAAGUGAGGGGGAAGGUGUGGAACUUUUUUCUGUACUGUAGACCAUAGUCCUUAUGAAACUUGCUUUUGCUUAGCUGCUGGUUUUAUUCUGAUAGCAGCUGAAUUGGGGGGAUUAUGAGCUCUGUGGUGUAUUGUGAGAAGUUAAGUUUUAAUCCCAGUCCAAUUCUUCGCUGCUGAUUAACAUAAUAAAAGUUUUCCCAAAUACACAGAAUAAGAUAUUUCUUUUUAAGGCAUUGUAAACAUUUCAUACUUCUUACUCUUAGUUGAUUUGCUGGGUAUAUUGCUCAAGAUAAUGUUCAGUAAUCAUGUGCUUGGAACACUGAUUGUAGUGGUCAGCCUUCCUUUCUCACAUAAGCUAGCUCUAAAUUUACUAACAACUUUCUGAGUUAUGCAGAUUAUGUUGGUAUAACUUCUGUGGCUUCCUCGGUUGCUUGUUUGUGCCAUUAAUAAACCUCAGGUGCUACCAAAAGUCAUUAACUUAACAUCAAUUGUUGUAGCUCCCAUUAGUAGGACUGCUAAUGAGAUCCAGGUCCCUUCAAAGAUUACUGUUUCAAAGCUUGAGACCUACUGUGAUAAUGUUUGUCACUGGCAUCCCCAAAAAACAAGAUGAUCAUCAAAGCUGCCUCCCCUUUUUAAUGAUGUCGAUAUUGCAGAGGUACAGAGGAGUGGGAGUUCAGUUGCAUUCUGUGACCAUCAGUUUGCCUUUACUGGCACCCCCUCCCCCCAACAGAUGCCAGUGUUUAUAGUAUAAAGAUCACUGAGGACUGGCUUGUUUAAAGGCAUCCAGAUUUGAUUUGUCCAAGAAAGAUUGGUAUCUCUGAAAGCUGGAUAUAUCUGUAGAUGUUGGAAUACUGGAGCCAUUUCUUGCAUAAACACUGGACCUCCAAUUGAGAAUGAUUCAUGAGAGCCUGAUCUGUUAGGACAAAGGGUAGAUUUCUACAAAGGACCAAGCAUGAUGGGUAUGCAUAUAGGCUUUACUGUAUAAUAUCUUAUGUGUGGUGUUAUGGUGUACAGUCUUGAGACACAACCUACCAUAUGAAGAUGGGAAUUCAACCUCCAUCAAUAUACUUGUUAUAAGUGGCUGUCACUGCUCCAUGGGGACCCAGCUAAGAGAAGACUCUGCUCUGAGAAGUUGAAAAUGCAACUAUAAUACUUGUUUGGCGCUUUGGAGUAGGAUUCUGCUUCAAAGAUCAUCAGUGGCAGCCUGCUUUCUCCUGAGUUUUGCAGAGCCUGCCAAGAGGAUGAACAAAAGAAAUCAGGGGUUAUGGCAAAUAAUUCUGGACAAAUUUUGUGGACUUGCGUGGGCUCAGUUCUGAAAAACUAACAUUUAAACAUAUUGGGUGUUGUGCUGCAGGCUAUGAGCUGUGUUGCAAACAAUUUCUUUAGAAUGGAAAACCUGAGCCACAGCUAAUUAGGAAAGCAGCAUAAAAACAUAGUUUAUUCAAAUUUCCUCUCCCAAUUUUUCAUAUUCUCCUUUUUUUGUCAUUAUUGAUGCAGUUAUUGUCUGGUGCCGUGAUUUUAUGGUUCCAUCAACUUCUGAAGAGUGCUCCCCCCCCAAAAAAUAAAAUAAAUAAAUCUUAUUUUCCUUUUUCAGAAACAGGUUGCCUUAACAAUCCUUCACAUGUGGUGUCUUCUCUGCUGUUCUGGGAAAUGUGACACUUGUUUUUGGUUGUAGAAAAGACUGCUGUUAUGCCUGGAGCUCUCAUGUUGAAAAGUCAGUAAUGUGAAUUCUUAACUCUGUCCCUUUGCAAGACCUAAACCAUCAAAUUUUAUUCCUAGAACAAAUAGAAGUUGGAAGAUGAUUCUGCGGCAGAACAUAAAUGAAUCCUGGUUAUGAAAGGGAGGGUUGGAGAGGGUUUGUUUUUUAUUGAUAGCCUUUUUGUUUUUCCUGUUUAAAAGUGCUUUCAGUAUCACAUGAUUUUUAUAAGAUGCUACUCAUUUGCUUGUUUGGGGAGAAACUGUACAGCUUCUAUGGAGGGCAGGGCCACAGUUCCCUUAUAAGAAUUUGGAACUCUCUGAUUGUAUGACUGCUUCCUGUAUCCUUCACGGGCCAAGAUCAUCUUCCUGCAAACUGCUGCAGAGGGUGUUUACAGAUUCCUUGCCUCCUGCUGGUUUAAUGCUUUUAUUCUGCAAUACUAAUGUUGUGAAAAUAAUCCUUGGAUUUUAUGCUUAUUUUUUAUUUUGUACAAUUACAAUUUUGAAUUCUGUAGAAUGCCUAUGGAUGAUGCUAUGUACAAGGCCCAAAGUAAUCAGACUCUGUGUGUAUGUAAUGUUACAUAGACUGCAUGUUAUAUCAAGACAGUGAGAGUGGUUUUUCAAAUAUCAUUUACUAUUUUUCCCAACUUAUCUUUUUUCCCCCACUAGUGUUUAAUUAAGAAAAAGGGGUGAAGAGGAAGGGCCUGGAUUUCUCCCUUGUACCUAUCCUCUUUCCCUAGUCCUGCUGUAAAGCUAUUAAAUAUGUUGAACAUUCCACAUUCUGUUUCAGUAUCUUGUGGGGAAAAACAUGUAGUAGGGAGACCAAAAAGAGCUCAGUGUCAAUUUUUUAAGCUUUUCCUUGACCAUAAAAUGGCUUUGAUUCCCUCAGCGCUCAUUUUUCCAACCAUGCAAUUAUGGCACAUGUAUCCAUAUUCAUGAACAUUCUUCUGCUUCUUUUAGAAAACAACAUUUGUUUGCUAUGGUAUGAAUUAGCAGCCCUUUGGCUUCAUGUAGCUUCUCUACAUCCAGUUUGAGCCCCUACCACUGCGAGACAUGCUGUCCAAAUUCAUAAGCCAAGUAGUUGAAUUUAAGAUGGGCUUUGCCCAAAUUAAAGAUGGGAAUGAAUGGAAAUGUGAAGCAUGACAACCCUAAUUCUUAUCUUUCCAUCCUCAACAUAUAAAUGAUUUGGGGAGAUACCGUAAUGUAGGGCCUUGGAUGCAUUGAGGGCAAGAAUAGGAGCCUCUCCUGUUCGUAUUUCCACAGGUCAAAACUCUUGAUCCUAUCCUUUCUGGGAGAAAAAGAUUGCUCCUACAGCCCUCCAGAAGAUUGGGAAGUUGAGCUUUGGCCCAAAGCCUUCAAAUAUUGCUGUCCUAGAGGAUCAAAUUUUCCCCUAUGGAAAAGUGCUUUUUGUUUAUCAUAAAAACAAUAUGUUGGUGCCUUCAGGCCUAAGGAUUAUCCUUUAUAGGGGCUUUCUUUCCUUCAGUAGAAAUGGAAAAUUUCUUUUCCUCAUUUGAGAGCUGGCAUCAUAGUAUAGGAGGAAGAGGCAAAGAAUAUGAUCCAGAGUCUAUUAUAUCAUUUGGCUGCUCUUUUGCUUGAAUUUUACAUGGUUUAUAAGAAUGGCAUAGAGAUGUCGCUUGUGGGUUUGUUAUUUUACCUUGUUAAAUUGGCAACAUUUGGGAAGGGAGAAGGAUAAUUUAAUGAGAAAAGUGAAUGUUCUGGGUGAUCUCUAACAGCUAGGCUUUUGUAGGGAGGUGAGGGAAAUCUAACCUUUGCAGAUUGUGUUGUGGUUUUACCUUUUAUUAUUUUCAUAAUUUAUUCCUGAUUUCUAUGUGGAGUGAAAAGUGAAGAGUUAAACUUUUUUCACAUAAGAACAAGGACUUAAGAAGUGUUUCUGGUGAACAGUACUUUAGGCAUGUUUUGCUAGAGAAAAAUUAAAGGUAUAGCUAGCUUAGAUGGUUUUGCACCACUCCAGAAGUUAAAAUGUAGAAGAAAUGACGUGUGUUAAAUUAAUUAAUAAUGACAGCAUGUCUUCCAGUUUUGGGUUGUUGGAGCAGCCUUUGUUUAUAGCAGUAUUUGAAAAUGUCAUCAAUGAAGGGAAUGUUGAAUUAGAUAGGAUUAAAUUAGCUAUGUGAUGACAGAUUUUGAGCAUCCACACAUAUUCUGUGAGAGCUGAUGUACUAAUUAGAAAAAUAUAGACAUUCUCUAUUAUUUUAGAUUUCUCAGAGAUUAUACACCUGUCUUAACAUUUACAGUAUUAUACAUCACUUUUAUUAGACAGGAUACUGCAGUAAAACAAAAAACAAGUUGUUGUUACUCAAAACAAAGAACUUAGACUGGUGCAUUUUUUUUUUUUUAAAUGCUGAUAGAUUCGAAUUUGACAAGUGAGUCCCCUUGGAAAUUUAGAGGGAGCUGUUAGGUUUACCUAUGAAGAGAAUUUGUAAGGUCUUCUAUGCCUAAUUAUGUAUACCAGAUCAAUGGCAAUGCUAAAAUCCAUGCUAUAGAAGACUGGUGCCCGCCCCCCUCCCCAAAUAUGCAGCAGAAUAGGCAGCAAUUCAAGGCAGAAAAUAUCGUGAUAAAUCCUGCCUGGCCCUAAUGCACUACUAUCACUCUUUUAUUCAUAGACACCAUUAUAUUCUUCAUCUAUAACAUGGGAAAUAGCACAGAGUGAUUUCAAUUGGAGUCUUUCAAGAGUCCUGGCUGAAAUUUCAUCAACAUUGGAUGCUGUUUUUCAGAUAUUGAAUUAUGUGCCUCGUGUGGCAAACUUCAUUUGCUAUCAUAUAAAAAAAAUAGGCAUUUGAUUUAAAAUCAGCCACUUUACUAGUAGUGGCUCUGGCCUCUGAGCUCUUUAAGUAUCCCAGUAGGGUGAGAACAGUGGGGGAUUUUAGGGAAGGAGGCCUUGCUGGUUUUGAUUUAUUGUGUGUAUCAUUAAACCAUUUGGGGGUGGGAUGAGGGAGGAGACAUAAAUUUUUAAUUUUUUAAAAAUUGUAUUUGGAAUCAAUUUGUUGCUGUGUACUAAACCCUCUUGUUACAAGUCCUAAUAAAUAAAUCCCCCAAAACUUGCACUGCC